CCUAUCUAGCCUAUACUACGAAGMAGAAUGAUGACAUCAACAGCGUUCCCGAAGUACGAGCAUAUGGCGACCAAUGUCGCAUGCUUCAACACCAGCAGGGAAGCAAGCAAUGAGAAGAAGAAGGACGAAUCGGGAGAAAGUAGUAAGAGCACAGGCACGAGGAAGGGAAAGACGAAGGCUAGCACCAGCUCAGAAGACGGAGAGAACAACUUGAGAAACUGGCUUGCGGAGAAUUCUGGGGUCUCUCUAAAAUGGAUCUCAAAGAAGCUGAAUGCCGUCGACAAAAGGACAAAGGAAGUUGAUCGGCAGAACGAGAUGCCAGCUAAGAAGAUCGAAGAUCUCGAGAGUGCUCCGAAGAAAGGAGAAGCAAGCAGCAACAAAAAGAGGAAGUGUGUCGUCGACGCGUACUCACCUGCUACCGAGCGGCAGAAAUCUCGAUCAAGAUUGAGGAGUGGUGGGAUUAAGACUAGACAACCACGGAUAGAAGUCUCCUCGGAUGAAGACGUCGAGAACGGGCGUGCGCAGAACGCUAUCAUUGAAGGACCUCCUCCGGAGAACAAGCCUUCUCUGAGCACAGUAAACCUGGAAGAUGUGAUGAAAAUGCUAGCGAUCAUCGCUGGCAAGACGGACCAGGACAGGAGAAUAGCAAAGCGGGAUUAAAGAUGGAAAGCGGAUCAGGCGCGAAGACGAGCCGCGGAUUGACAAAUGUAUCCAUGGAGGAUAAUAGUGAAGGUUCAGACGAGGAAGAAGAGAGAAACUGAAAGUGAAUCGAGGAGGACCAGGAGGAAGGGCGGAAGUAGGGAUAGUGGAAUACAUGAGGCAAAGGUUAGACCACUACAUGGAGAUGACUAAGAUGAAGAUAAAGGCACUAUGCCUGA